AUGACCGCAGAGACCGUACCUAUUAUCGCGAGUGCAGCGCAGCAGCUCGUGAUUGAUGUCGAUGGACUCGACGUUGAUCUCACGCUGCAGCUCAAGGCGCUCGGCAUCGAGCCGUGCGACAUGACUUCGAACCAGUUCAUCGUCGCCGACGCGCUUGCUCUGGAGCAGAACCAGGCUCUGCUCGAGCAGGUCAUCCGCGAUAGCCCUGGUGCCGACUGGCUGACGAUCCUCGACCGUGUUUCGGUGAAGCUGUGCGCGCUCAACGUGGGUAAUAUCUCGGGACGGGCGCUGCUGCAGGCGUCGCCCGCGCAUGCGUACAACACCGAGGCGAUCGUGGCGCAUGCUCUGGCGUACGACCGCGAGUUCGCUGCGGCCGGUAUCGGUAAAGAUCGCUACUGCAUCAAGAUCCUCUCCACGGGGCCGGGCAUGCUUGCCGCCCGGAUCCUGGAGAGCCAGCACGGGAUCAGCACACUGGGCACCGGGCUGUUCUCGGUCCCGCAGGCACUCGCCGCGGCUCAGGCGGGAUGCCUCUACAUCUCGCCCUACUACAACGAGAUCCUGACGCACUUUAUGGCGCCCGCCGAGCGUCCCGUGUACGACAACCCGGUGACACAGCACCCCAUGUCGCCGCGAAUGGCACAGAUCUACCAGGCCUAUCGCUCCAUCGCCCUCUCGACCCCCGGCAAACGACUGCCUGCCAUCAAGGGCGCAAGCUACAUUGCCAUCAACGAGGUGCUCGCCAUGCCGGAACUGGGUACGCAGCAGGUGACCAUCCUCGCGCCCACGCUCGCCGAGAUGAUUGCACUCCAGACUCCAAUCCGCGCUGCUGGCGAUAAAGUGUACAAGCCCAGUAUGACGUAUGCACACGACCUUCCCGAGUCGUCCCUGCCGCUGCUCAAGGUUGACCCGCUGCGUGCCGACGGCAAGGCGCAGGUGUUUGAUGUGGCUAGCGACUACCUCGCCAACAACGCGGCCGAGCUCGAGCGCGCAAUCCACGACGACCCCGAGACGGCGAGGCGCAUCAAAGACGCUGUCGAGGUCUUCCAGAAGGCCGAGCUGCAGGCAAAGGCUCUCAUCGAUGCCGCGGUUCUCAAGGUCAGUGCUGUGUCUGCGAUCACCGCUACCCCUGUCGUCGCUUGA